UCCAAUUACACUACAGUCGCUUUCAGGGUAUUUGGCUAUCACUGUCUCAUCUACACUUGCUGUACAAACUUCCUGAAGUCAGACUAGAAGCAAAUUCAUUUGCUGGCUUUAAAAAAAGCAGCACUGCUCAUGAUGCUUCGUUUACAAGUCCUUGCCCUACUACUUAUAUCAGUCGGUGCUCGCCUCACCCAGAACCCAUCAUUAGACUCACAAUGGCAACUCUGGAAGAAAACUCAUGAAAAGGAAUAUAAUAAUGAGGAUGAAGAGUUGGCCAGGCGUUUGACCUGGGAGAAAAAUCUGAGGUUCAUUAAUCUUCAUAACCUUGAAUAUUCCAAGGGAAUGCAUUCAUACCAAGUGGCAAUGAAUCAGUUUGGAGAUAUGACCACUGAAGAAGUUGUUACUCAGAUGAUGGGGUUUAUCCCUCCAACCCACAGGAGCAAUCAUACAAAAUUUGUCCCCAAAGGAACCACUAACCAUAGCCCUUCUGUGGACUGGAGGCUAAAGGGCUGUGUAACAGGUGUUAAAAACCAGGGAUCCUGUGGCUCAUGCUAUGCUUUCAGCUCAGCUGGUGCUCUGGAGGGGCAACUGAUGAUCCACAAAGGAGUUCUAAAAUCACUUAGCCCACAGAAUAUAGUUGACUGCAGUCAAAAUUAUGGCAACCAUGGAUGUAAUGGAGGUCGCAUGACCAGCUCUUUCCAGUAUGUUAUUGAUAACAAUGGAAUAGAUUCUGAUGAUGCAUAUCCAUAUGAAAUGCAGGAGGGCAGCUGCCGAUACUCAGUUGCUGGAAGAACUGCUACUUGUGCCAGCUACAAGGAAAUCCCAGAGGGGGAUGAAACUGCCUUGCAGGAAGCAGUUGCUACUGUAGGCCCAGUAUCAGUUGGUGUUGAUGCAUCACAACCAUCCUUUGUCCACUAUAGUGGUGGUAUAUAUUUUGACCCAUCCUGUACUCAUAUAGUGACUCAUGCUAUGCUUGCAGUUGGAUAUGGUGUUGACAAUGGUCAGGAAUAUUGGCUUGUCAAGAACAGCUGGGGACUGCAAUGGGGAGAAAGAGGUUACUUACGAAUUGCAAGAAAUAAAGGUGACCACUGUGGAAUUGCCUCUUUUGCAAGUUUUCCAGUAAUGUGAGCAGAUGAUUCAAGCUACAGUUUUCACUACAUUCCUUGUCUAAUAUUCUACUACUGGUCUUGUUGAAGAAGCCAUUGUUGAGCAAAGUAUUUCAAAAGCAACAGAAGCCUGAAUGCGUUCUCCAUCAUGACUUAGAAAUGUAACCAUACAAGAUGGGCUUUCUAAUUUUAAAUCAAAGAUAAAAUGAGAAUAAAAAGAUACUUGUACUUCUACUGCUGCUACUACCAUUACUACAGUUUGCAGGUGUUGCAGUAACUGUAUACCUUUUUUCAUGUGAUUUGUUGACUGUAGGUUACAUGGUGCUGUUAUAUGCUGCAUCACUUCACCACUAACAACUGUCUUCCUGCCACCGUGCAGUUUUACAGAAGGUAAUAUUCACUUCUAUCUCGCAUGAGCAUGCAUGGUCUCUCUCACAGACACAAGACGCACACACACACACACACACACACACACACACACACACACACACACACACACACACACACACACACACACAGACACACACACACACACAAACACACAGACACAUGCAUGCACUACUAAACACACAAUGAAUCAAGUACACAACUCUGAAAACUAUUCACCCAAUUAAAUAGCCAGGCAGUGAAAAACAAAAUAAAUGUAUUCCCCAGUAUGAGACCGACGCCUUUUAAAAUCAGUCAGAUGGAACUUCUCUCCUUCAUAGUCCACAGUGAGAAGUUUUAAAUGCACAUACCAUAAAGCUACUCAGACACAACCAUAUUUGUUUAUGGUUUUAUUAGCAUCAUAGUGUGCACCAGUAAUGAUGCUUGUCUCUUUAAAGGUAAUAACAUGGCUGCCUUUUCCUGAACAGGUUAGAAUGACUCUAGAUCAAAGAGAAAUGCAACAUUUUCUCAGGGAAGGAGGGUUUUAGGAUGCAGCUAAGAGAUUGCCCUCUAAACAUAUAAUCAUCAGGCUUCUCAGGACACUCCACCAUUGCAGAAAUCCCCAAAAUACAAGGACCUUCAAAACAGCCCUUCUCUUUUGUGACUGUUGUCUUUGAAACAAUCUCUCUUAUUGCAUGUGAAAUGUCUGAUGGUGGGUUUUUUUUUUAUUUUUUUGGUGACAGAACUAAAACUUUCUCAUUGAUCCAUGCUCAAUUUAGGUAUACUGGCACAUAAUACUUCUGUCAGGGACAUUAUCCUCUUAGCAUAGGCACAUGGAAUGAAAUCACCUUGAUUAUCUUGCCUGUGCAUGUGUCUGAAAGAAUGCUAGAUUUGUACUGUGUUCAUUGCACUUUGUUUUUAUACAGUCAUGUGAAAAUAUGUAGUGUGUAUUGCAUAGUUUUUCCUUAUCUACUUUUAGGUUAUAUUUCUACUUCAUUGUCUAUAAAAAGUGCUGACUACCUCCUAAACAAUUGUAUUGCUUUUAGCUAGAUUUGUCCACUGGCAUAAGUCAUAUCUAGGAAGGGACCCCUUAAUUCAUGUCAAUUAUGUGGCUAAUUUAUGAAUGGAAAGAUAAUAAAAUAAAUGAUGUGUUCAAACUUAGUACAAAAAACACAUUCCCUUCUGCUUGCACCUUGCACCCAGCUCACACUUGGCAUCCUUUGUCAGCACGUGUGGCUUUAUGUUUUGCAAAUACAGCUAAUGUCUUGAAACUGUAAAUGGUACACUGCAUCUCAUUUUAAACUCCUAAAGGCUUGAUGAUGUUCCAUAUGAAAAUAUUCUGUCUUUGCUGCCUUCUUUAAUUGUUAGACUAAAUGCAAAUCACUAUAUGUUUUCAGCUAAAGUAAUAGAAUGUGAGGAUGCUAAGUCAAGUGAAGGGAAACACGACUUAAGAAUGGUAAAAAGAAUAUUGAUGUCAGCUACCUCAUUUAGCUCUAUAACAACUUAAAAUUAUAUGGCACUAACUAAAUAUUAGAUACAAAUAUUGUACAAUACCUGACUUUCAAAAUUAAUUAUAGAAAUAUUGUACAAUACCUGACUUUCAAAAAUAAUUAUAAUUGUAUUAAUAUCUUUUAUAACUGAAUUCAGGGCAGUUUGCAGAAAUGAGACUAAAUGAAAAGUGCUGCUUCUGUACUUUUUUCCCCACUACUCCAUACUUCAGAAUUAUUCAAGAGUUCGAAAACAUGUUUUAGUGAUGUUAAAGGGGUCUGGCUCCACAGUCCCUGUAAUUUUAUAUUAUUAAUGCCUACACCACAUCUGAUUUGGGGAAGGGUGAAUUUCUGAACUUCAAAUUAUUUCACAAAAUGGAAGUUAGAAGAAAAUACAUUGCAGUGAUAUGUUCUAAAAUCCUAGUUGCAGACUGCACUGUCUGAUGGUGAAUUUUUCUUUCAUUUUACAAGUGGCAUAUGUACUGAACCAUAGGUUAGAUAUAAAAUUACACAAAAAUUGUAUUCUGUGAUAAAAUUUAUAUUACAAAUGUUCCUUUUGAAUUAAAAAAAUAAAAUACUGAAGGAUUCUA